AUGGACCGCUGUAGGCGUUCCGCUGCGCCGAUUUAUUUGGACCCUCGCUCCGACUCAAUUUGGGAAAUUGUUCCGCCCGCGGCGGCCGCGAAAUUAAGACGUCAGGCUGAUUGCUCCGAGGCGUUUAAUUAUAUACUUUCAUCUCACAUGGAAGUCCGAUGCAAGUGCCACGGACUUUCCGGGAGCUGUCAGCUGCGGACGUGUUGGCGCGCCACGCCGGACUUUCGCGUUGUGGCUUCGACGAUCAAAAGGCAGUAUCGUAAAGCUCUGCUGGUGGCACAAGAAGAGCUCAAUAACGGAAUGUCGGUGCUGAGGGGUAGGCCCCGAGGGAAGAGACGGAGUCGGGCGAAGCCAGCGCCUAAGACAAGUCUGCUGUUUUUCGAAAAAUCACCCAGUUUCUGCGAGCCUGACCCACGAAUGGAUUCUUCGGGGACUUCGGGACGAAUCUGCAGAAUCGGGCGAACCUCGCGCAGUGGUUCCUGCGACCUGCUUUGCUGCGGACGCGGCCACGCCCUUAUCCGCAGAUCCAGCAUAAAACCCUGCAACUGCACAUUUCACUGGUGCUGCAGGGUCGACUGCGAGAAGUGUCACGACGACAAAUGGGUCGCCAUGUGCAAA